AUGAAUGAUGGUCAGCUGGCAAACCCCGAUGAAAUGCUAGCAUCCGGUAUUUUUAAUGAUGCAUCGUUCAAAGAUGAAGAAGACGCUUUUGCUGAGACGGAUAAUAUCAAGAAGCCAGAUCAGGAUUGCGGAUAUGAUGUGCUCUUGAUGAUUCUGUUGUUCACUGAAGUGAUCAAAAAGCAGCCUAACAAGGAUUUGCCAUGGACAAGAUUGGUAGAUUAA